AUGCCAAGUGCUCCACCGGCGCCGUGCAGCAACCAUUUUCUUGGACGCCCGAUUUCCGUCUCCGAGAUAGACGAGUUAUGGCGCAUCGUACUUUUUACACAGAGGCAUCUACAGUUGCUGCAGAGGACACUGCAGUUGACCAGACCUGACGAGUCGAACGCUCGACGACUCAUCAGACUUCUGAAUGAGACUCGUCUAUGCACUUCCGGGGCGUGGAAGAUGACGAAGGUCGCCAUCCAUCCCAAUGACUGGUCGAACGUUUUGACGAUGAACUGUAUUCUGACGAGGAGUGCCAUUUUUGUCGCCGGAAAACAUCGUUGA